AUGCCGAGGAAAACAGUGAUCAUGAUGUGGAGAGAAGUGGUUCAGUUUUUAAUAAGCGACCGUGACAGAGACCCGCAGUGUAACCUGCAUUGCUCCCGGUCCCAGUCCAAGCCGCUGUGUGCCUCUGACGGCAGGACGUACGAGUCCAUGUGCGACUACCAGAGAGCCAAGUGCCGCGAGCCCAGCCUGAGCGUCACGCACCGCGGCCGCUGCAAAGAUGCUGGCCAAAGCAAGUGUCGAUUAGAGAGAGCUCAAGCACUGGAACAGGCAAAGAAGCCCCAGGAAGCAGUCUUCAUCCCAGAAUGCAAUGAGGAUGGAUCAUUCAUGCAGGUGCAGUGCCAUACCUACACUGGAUACUGCUGGUGUGUGACACCUGAUGGCAAGCCUAUUAGCGGCUCUUCUGUACAGAACAAAACUCCUGUAUGUUCAGGUUCUGUAACUGAUAAGCCAUCAAGCCAGGGUAAUUCAGGAAGGAAAGAUGAUGGUUCGAAGCCAACGCCCACCAUGGAAACCCAACCUAUUUUCGAUGGAGAAGAAAUCACAGCACCCACCCUUUGGAUUAAGCACUUGGUCAUCAAAGAUUCCAAAAUGAACAGCUCCAGUAUAAGGAAUUCAGAAAAAGUUCACUCCUGUGACCAGGAGAGGCAGAGCGCCCUGGAGGAGGCCAGGCAGAACCCGCGGGAGGGCAUCGUCAUCCCCGAGUGUGCUCCUGGAGGGCUCUACAAGCCAGUGCAGUGCCACCAGUCCACUGGCUACUGCUGGUGUGUCCUGGUGGACACGGGACGACCCCUGCCUGGCACUUCCACUCGGUAUGAGACCCCAGUGUGUGAAAGCGAUGCCAGAUCGAAGAGCACAGAGAUUGAUGAUCCCUUCAAGGACAGAGAACUUCCAGGCUGCCCAGAAGGGAAGAAAGUUGAAUUUAUUACCAGCUUACUUGAUGCUCUGACUACGGACAUGGUACAGGCUAUUAACUCAGCAGCACCUACUGGGGGUGGGAGGUUCUCUGAGCCAGACCCCAGCCACACACUGGAGGAGCGAGUGGUGCACUGGUAUUUCAGCCAGCUGGACAACAACAGCAGCAAUGACAUCAACAAGCGGGAGCUCAAGCCUUUCAAACGCUAUGUGAAGAAGAAAGCCAAGCCCAAGAAAUGCGCCCGGCGUUUCACUGACUACUGUGACCUCAACAAGGACAAGUCAAUCUCCCUUCAGGAGCUGAAGGGCUGUUUGGGAGUCAGCAAGGAAGGAGGUAGCCUGAGCAGUUUGCCCAGUGGAAAAAGACAAGGUCUUAACCCUUUCAUAGGUCGCUUGGUGUAGCAGCAGAAGACAAGAAGGGAAGGCAGGAGCUGACCCAAAGGAAGAAAAGAUCCAGUGACAGAUGGACAGACACCUUGCUGCUUGUGAGCAAGCACACAGCAUCAGCGACAUCCAGUGUAGCAGAAGUGGCACCCAGAACAUUUGCACUUUUAAAAAAAAUUGGUUUGGGUUUGUUUUUAAUUGCCUUUCAAUGCCAUUAUCUAAUACUUUGGAAAGUGGAGGGGAGCAGGAUCAUGACUUUUAAAAAUUGGAACAGCUACUGAUGAUGUAAAAUUGAGUUCACUGAGACUCAAAGAAUUUUAUAUACUGUAUAUAAAUAUAUAUGUAAAUUGUACAGUUGUCUUGUACAGGGGUUGGAGUCACUGUUCUGUUCCUCCCUUUGCUUUUGAAGGCUGUUAGGGUUAGAGGGACACUUUGAAUUUAAUGGAUUAUAGUAAUGCAUUCAUUUCUGCCACCAAACCAUCAUUCAGUGGCAAGCUUUAACAGCACCUCCACGCAGAAAGGAACCAGUGUAUCAGCAUGAAUUGUUCUUGCAGAUGUGCACACAGCACCCUAGGUACCAAAUGCUUCUUGAGAGCUGCUGAACCCCUUUUCUUACCAUAAAGCUCUCUGAAACUCAGGCAAUUGGGCUUUUGAGGGCACAUAUUUCAUGUAAAUUGGUACACUGCAAAGCUGCCUAACGUAGGGAUAGAAAGGGUUGUAUUAGGGAUGUACAAAAGUAGUUUGUGCACCUGUUGCAAGCUGGGCAGAAAUGAAAUACAAAUGCAUUGCUAUUCAUGCUCAGAUAACAUGCUUAGCAAAGAUGUGCCAUGCCUCUGGAAUCUAAAGCUGUAGGAAGGAUACGGGAGCCAUAGGCUGAGUGGAGUCAGUGGAGUGGAGUCUUGCAUCUUCCUCUCUAACAAAGUGUUCAUCUGUAUGUUGUACAACAAUAAACAUUCUGAGAAGCCUGCUAAAAGCAGCAUUAGCCUGCCUUGUGCUUUGCUGAAGAGCAAAGAACAUACUUGUCAGUGCAGACAGACACAGUUGUGCUGCUGGUCCCCAAGAGCCUGCUUUACUUAUGUUUCAGCAGGACAGCUUGGGCCGUGCUCACUGGUGAAGGUCUGUCAGCAGUGACUUUUCUUGUCCUUGGUGGCUGUGAAUCCAAGCUCUCCUCCUGCACAGUGGUGUGCCUGCCCUCUUUACUGGUUUGCUGUUGCCAGUUCCUCCUGGGUACUGUGACACUGGGGUGUGAGUAGCACUAACAGCAAAGGCUUGGAGUGAGGAGUCUGGUGUUCUUGGAGGCCACAGGGGCUGUGUCAACCACUAGCAGUUUUACCAAAGUCGUUUCUUUGGCAGGGGUGCCCAUAUCAGCAAUCCUAGAUUUGGGCAGAGUGUGAUGGGACACGCAGUGUUUUGCUUUGUGUAUUUCCAACCACUGAGCAGCCUCCCAUUUCAGACCUAGUGAUCCUUCUGCAACUUAUCUCUGGACCAAGAACCUGUUAGAAGAAACUGUAGUGAAGGUGAUGAAAUCACAUGCUAAUAUGAGAUCACACCAACAACUACUUGAAACAGGUUACUGUAGAGACUGGACUUAUCCCUCAAGGCUCUGUUGCUUUGGUAAAAGAUGAUACAACACAGCAUCUUCCCUCUGUCAUGUCAUCAUGACAAUAGCAUGAGAUAAAUAUAUCACCAAAAAAAAGUGUCCUGAUUCAGUAAGUUAGUGCUUGUUGACAAAAUGGAAAGUUAAAUAAAAGAAAAACUAGGAAGCCUUUCUAUAAAUAACUGUUUAAGGGUAGUAAUAACUCUUCCUCUGGGAAGUAUAUUUGAGCUAAUUAAAACAUAUGGCAUGGUUGAAAACACCUCUGGUAGUAUCUGAAAUAUACAUCAUGCCAUCAUAAUAUAAAGAAGUCCUCUCUUUAGCAAGAGCAUAUCCUGCUGCUGAAUCCUCAUGGUUUCUCACAUGGAAUGUAUGUGCUUUUCUGGCCUGCAAGCUCCCACUUUCUUGAUUGCUUCUUCUCUUUUUGUUUUUCCUUUAAUGCCCUGGGCACAUCUUUUGUGUAUAGUUAGAAAUGUCCAUGUCACACUCACUAAUCCCAUUGUAGGGAGUAAAGAAUGAAAUCGACUGUAUAAAAAAAAACCCUCUCCCUUUUAAUAUUCUAGUUUUAGGAAUUAAAAGUUCUGGCUGCUGGGUUGGUUGGUAUUUGGUGGUUUGGGGGUUUUUUGGGGGUGGGGUUUUCCUUUGUUUGGUCGGGGGGUUUUUUAAUGUAUAGUUAUAUCCAGCAGAAACAGACAAUUGGAUGCCUCUAGGAAUUCUAUCAGCCAAGCACUGGGGCUGGGCAAUGCCCCACAAGAUUGUGGGGGGACUGCAGAGCUGCUACAACUCACUGCAUCUUCUGGAAAUAAACCAGCCAGUCACCACUCCUGCUUGUUACAUAAAUCCUUCUGCUGACCUCCUUUCUCUCAUCCUUGUGUCCUUCCCCUCCAAAAGGCCUGCAUUCACGUGUGGUUUGCUACUAAAAUUGGGUCAGUUCUUCAAGGAAGACAAGCAAGGGGUGGCUGUUGGUUAACUUUGGUGUUCCUGGGUAUUCCUGUUGCUAGGCCAGGGCUGACUUCAUGAAUGGAUUAGGGACCAGGCAUUACACUGCCUUCCCUAUCACAAGACAAUUCCAAGUCCCUGCAUCCUGACUUGCUGAAUCUGUGUGGGUCCCUGAGCAGCUUCUGGCAACACUUGUGCAUUGCCGUGGAAGGCCCAAGCAGCACGACUGUGUCAUGUCCAGGCAGAGGUCAGGUUACUCGUUCUGGGUUUGUGUCAGAGGGUUGUGCAGAGCAUACUGGUCCUGAUUGACACAGCCCUUGCUAUGAGCUGUCCAACAAUCUGUACUCUUGGUUUUAUUGCCAGUCCACCUGGCUGCUAGGCCAAAUUGUCCUAAUCUGGUGGUUGUAAUCAAUCUCCUGCUCUGCCUUGCAGCAGUAGCAUCUUUCUGAAGCUGGGACACAGGGAGUGUCAACGUUGUGUCUGAAAGCAGACCCUGGGCAUGUGUCUCCUCAUCCUUCAAGUCCUCCUGGGCCUCUCCAGCUCUACUUUGAAUGAUAGCUGAAGAUGGCUGGGACAGAGAAGAGAACCAGGACUUGACAGUCCAAGUCAUCUGUUCUUCCUGCCAGAAGUAAAAAAUCUUUCCUUUCUUGCUGAUCUUCCAAGGGCAUAGUGUGUUGUAGGAAACUGCAUUACAGUGGGAUUCAUUUGUGUGAAGGCACUGCUUUCCAUAGCCUGAGUUUAUAAUGAACUUACCCUCCCCAGUGCAUUUCUGCCUAUGGCAAAUUUGUUAAACCGAAAGGCAUCUGUUUGGUUUUGGUUUUGUAAUAAAA